UCCUUAACCACCAUCUCCUUUGCUCGUUACAUGUCGAAACUCGCCCAAGAUGCUGCAGCCUUUAAAUCUGUCCUUCAACGACAGGAUUACACAUCAUGGCACUCUCAACCUCCACCGAUAGAGAAAGCGUCAGAUGAGAUCGCUCCUCCGGGUUCAAAGAAGAAACGACCAAAAUCCAACAUUGUGUAUUCUCAGCCUGCAGAUACAGGAACAGGUACCAAUGUGAAUACACAACUGGUAUACGCCGUCAACCAUCUGAAAUCGACGCACAAUCCAAUGCGUUUGCAAGACCUGGCCAUUUUGACUAGCACACCAUUGGAUACCGAUCAUGUAUUACUGGAGAAAUUCAAAACACACGAUCGUGUCGUAUGGGACCCAAAGACCGACCUUUAUUCCUAUAAGCAUGAGUUUAAUUUCCGGAACAAAGCCGCCCUCUUGACUGAAAUCCAACGGCAAACUCGUAGAGGUGGUGGCAUUCCUGUCAGAGCCUUAAAGGAAUCAUGGAAAGAAGCACCUGCCGCCAUCGAAGAGCUCGAGGCGGAGGGAGAGGUCUUAGUCACACGGACGACGAAAGACGGGCAAUUGAAGAUGGUCUUUUGGAACGAAGUCAAGCCCACUGAAGAAAGUGGGGGUAUGCUCGUCGAGCAAGAGUUUCUGGACCUUUGGCAUGAGCUCAAGGUGCCGAAUGAUGUGGACCUAUUGAAGCAAUUGAGUUCUGAGGGCUUGCAGGCGACAACUGCUGCUGCCGGCCCAGCUCCGAAAGGCCCUGCAACGAAGAAGAAGGGCAAGAAAGGCACUGCCACGCGCACUCGUCAAGUCCGCAUCACGAAUACACAUCUGAAAGGAGAUAUAGAUUUGUCGAAGGAUUAUGUGCCUAUAAAACCAUAGCGAAUACCUCUGAACGCGCUUCCAAGCACCUCAUCCCUUCUUGUAUAUAUUAUAUCACACAAUUUAAUGGAUAUCAUUCCUUCGAAGGGAACAACUCGUGAUAAAUUGUACAACCAUUUU